AUGGUACCCAAAAUCUGCUAUUUUGGGGCCGCGAUACAGCUUAAUGGCGAUUCCAAGGGAGAGGGUGAGGGAGCGGGAAAAGGAAAAUUUGGCAUAUUUCCCAUGCAGCCGGAUCAACUACCGAGAGCCAGAGGUUCAUCCUUGGUUGUGGCUUGGAUUUCAGCACCGAUAUAUGGAAUUUCGGGCCAGGAUGAUACCAGAGGGCAUCUGGCGGAAAUGAUCGCGCUACUUGGUCUGCCACCGAAUCAGUUGCUUGCAAAAUCGGAUGCUAUGGCAGAGUACAAAUGGCCGGAUCCCACAAUGAAUGCGUCAGGCAAGAUCUGCAGCAAUCCAAGAGAAUUUUUUCAUGGACCUUCUUUCAAUCAAGGUAAAUUUUUGCACAAUGAUCUGAUUCCGGUCAGGAAGCUAGAGGAUUCUGUCCCAUCUUUAGAUGAGAGGGAGAGGGAGUUGUUCCUUUCCUUUGUUAGGGAUAUGCUCCAAUGA